AUGGAAAGCGAAACAACAAAAGAACGAGAAAUGUCGCCUGAAAUCAAGGAAGAGAAGUUCGAUUUCUAUGAAUGGGAAGAAUGUAAUCAGAGAUAUAACACCCUAGGCUACUACCCUAUAGCCUACACCACGCCAAGUACGUAUUCCUCAUCACAAACUGCGCUGCGAUACUCCUUCGAGGAACAGGAAACCCAAGCCAAACCCAGAAUGUCGUUCAGUAUCUCAUCCAUUCUUGGAACACAUGAAGACAGCGAAGAACAAAGAUUCCAUCCCGUAGCACAUCCUCCGAGGUACGGCUCUGUCAGAGAGAGCCUGCUGAUGAGACACAAGCCCUCAGCGUUUAGAGACUCCCACAAAAGCUCGCGAAUGAAACGCCAUUUUCUACAAGAGGAAAUGACCAAGGAAGACGAAGAAAAAGCUUUCGAAAAAGGUAGUUUAAAAUAUACAAUUCUUAAGAUAGUUAAGCUGGUUUCAAUUAUUAUUAUAACAGGAAACGUAGUUUCAUUUGCGUCAAGUUACUUCAGCUUGGAAAUGCUAUAACUAUGAAUUGAACACUAAUGCAUGCAGAUAAAUGCCAAAUAACGAGUUUCCUAGUUCAGUAAGAUGCGGCAUGUCUGCUGAAUGAGCGCAAGUGUUCGCUAUUUUCUCGGUCGUUAUAUAAAAAACGUAUAAUAGUACGUUUGAUAUCCAUGAUCAGUCGGACCUAGCAAUCAAGUUUAAUAGUCGAGAUUAGUUUAGCUUAGUCUAAUGUGUUUAAUGUGGGUUAUAGCUUUUAGUGAUGGAAGAAAAACCAAAAGAACCGUAGAAAAUCCCUUCAAGCACAGGGGAACACCAACCACACUCUAUAUUUACAUGCAUGAGUUUUUCAAGCACAGGGAAGUCCCUGGCUAGCAGAACUGACCUUGCAUGCAUGACUCUAGGAAUAAGGGAUCACCGAGUUUUUCAUACAGUUGAGCAAGCAAACCCAAUUGUCAUUAGUCAUAACAUUAGUGCGUUUUGACAGAGACCUUAGAUUUUUUAUUGCAGUAAAAGAGAACACAAAUGCCAUAGAAAAAAUGCCAACCAAUUCAAAUAUUCCGACAUAGCUCGUAAUUAUUUUCAUGAUGCUAUAUUCGUUCUUUCCAUAGACGCGCGCAGGUUCUGCCCAUCCCAAAUGGCGCUCAUUGGGCAGCCUCUAUAAACCCACACUUUCUGUAUAGAUGUAUGGCACAUUAUAUUGAAUUUUUAGGCGCGUCAUUUAGUAGAGGAACUUCACUAUAGGCGUCAUUAUGUGGAGUGAUAAACAACAGCGCUAUACAAAGACCGUGUUUUACAGCGCUGCGAAAUACCCUGUUUUAUAGCGAUCUAGAUGGACUGAGAGCAUGAGAUUGCGAUUCUCUGGGGAGAGAGUAACAAUCACAUCCUCGAUUGUUGCAUCUCUAAUAAGCUCGCCACAGGACACCCGAUCUAACUAUUAUUUUCCACAAUGGCACAAACGAUACUUUCUUUCAAUGACGAAGAGCACGAUAGUGAUUUAUCUUAAAACUCAUCCGCUAUCACAAAUAUAGUUAAUUUACGAUUUUCACUUAAAAUUUCGACGCAAUUUCAUAAUUUACUGCGCUUUUUAAUCUCACCGCGAGAUUAAUUGCGCGUGCAUUAGAUUUGACAAAAUUACGAGUUUCAAGCAAAUGCGCACGAUUUCUAAAUAAGUGAUUGUUCCUGUUCAAACAAAUAUUUGUUCGCAAUGUAUACAGCUUGCCUACCAAGGUAAUUACGCUUAUACACUGUAGAUUUGUCCACCUCAUCUCCUUGCACAUUGUCCAAGUGCAAACAGUUUCGGGCAAUCUGAAAGCGGUGGAAAAACUUUUAAAAAUCGCAAGCCCUCUACAUGUUCUUUAUGAUCUUUCAACAACACCGCGAGGUUUUUGAAGUCAAAAAUUGUGAAACGCGAGCAUGAAAUUUAUUCCAAUGACUUCACUUUUGCAAUAAACAAUUUAUGAAGACGCACAUAGGCUACUGUGUUUUGUCACAAAAACAUUAAAGACGCACAUAGCCUAUUUUGUGCACUUUGUACAUUUUCACUAUAUAGUAUAUGUUUUCAAAAAGAGACAAGUGUACUAAAUUUUGGCAGCAGUUUGUAGCUAGAUUAUUAUAUAUUGCUGAAACUUUCACCUAAUAUAGAUGUAUUUUAUCAGUUUGCGCAUUUCAUAUAAAUUUCGAUAAAAAUUGAUAAGGUUCUUAGAAAGUUCGAGUAAAAAACCUCCACGGAGUUCUACGAGGAAUAAAUAAAAACUUACAUAUACAGUUCAAUAAUGGUUUAAGAGAAGCACCCAAAAAACGUGUCUGUGUUAGUUUCAAAUUUAGUUUAUACAGUCAGAGGGACCGUAUCAUAAUUAGCUAGAAUAGUUGUCAAAAUUUCCAUCAAAUUUAAAUUGAACACAGGUUAUUGUAUGUACAGCUAACGAAAUAUUUCCCUAUGCGACUCUUCAUUUGUGCCAUGUCGUCAGGUAAUUUAGCUGUUAUUUACUCGCACUGUCUGCCCACAUUAUACAACUGUUUCUUGUUGCCAUGUAUAUAGUUUAUAUAUACACAGAAACCGCAAAUAAAUCUCGUAAAAUCAGAAACAAUUAUGAAACAAAAUUGCCCUUAUUUGGCUUAUAGAGUGAAUCUAUAUAUUCUGACUUGAGUAUGCAUGAAAAAACAGCUCUCAUAUAUCGAAAGUGAAAAAAUAAAUCGUCUUGAAAUUGAAUAUAUAUAUGAACUAAUAUAUACGACAUGCAGUCUGAAAAUAUACAAAGGACCACUCCAAACGGUUUAUGUUUUGUCUUUUUUAAAAUUACUCAGUGGCAUGCUGUUUCAAAAAAUCUUCUGGCUUAAUUCAUUAUAUAUAUUUUUAAUUUCAACACGACAUUUUCUUCAGAAUAUUUCUCGUUUACAACUUUUCUGAAAUUAUCGGCUGGCAGUGUGGUUUUGAUCUAAUCAGGUCUUUUGUUUAUGCUGGAUAUACGUGUCUGCAAUUAUGCAGUUGACGCGCGCGCAAGACGCAAAUAAAGAACCUGAGAAAAACCGUUAAAAAAGACGUCGUAGAGAAUUAGCAAAGUUUCUUCGAGUUAAUUUAUUCUGGUUAUUAUAUAUAAAUAAUAAAUGCCGUAUCCUAUAUAUUAAUUACGAGUCAAAUGUUGUCCUUUUAUUAGUGAAUCAAUUUCACAAUUUUAAUGAUUGCGCAUUUGCAUGUUGAAAAUGUCUCCCACUCCAUUUAUGAGAAAAGAUUAUAAAUUAGCUGCGAACGAUUUUCCAUUCAUAAAAAAAGUAAAGUUUUCCAAAAUGAAUGUUUUUCAUGUAAAAGUUAUAGAUUUCUAGAUGACCUCAGCCCUGGAUUCGGUGUUAGGUUAUUUUCAAAUAAUUUCUGAGGUGGGAUUCCUAUAUACCGAGUCUAUGCAUGCAAGGUGAUCCUUUUUGUCGAAACCAUGCACACCAGGCAAGCAAAACGUAUACUAAGGAUUUGAACUCAAUCAGCACAGAUAGAAUCAUGCAAGGCUAUAGGUAAACAUUUCCCUUUCCUGGUCGAAAUGGUGCAGUGAUGCAUGUGCAUAUAUAUGCCCCAAGCGAGAAGAAAAUAGGUGUGUUGCAAUUAGUCUUAGAGAGAUUAUGAUUUAUGUGUUAUAUAUAGAACGACGAUUUCUAAAUGUUAUAUAUAAACUACAUUUUCACUUCCAUUCAUUUCCUCAAGUUUUCUUCCUGAUGUCAAAAGCAUCAUUUUAGAUUACAGUUUUAACAUAUCUAUAACUUGAUAUCUAUUAUUUUCAUGCUUGAAACACAAAAGCUUUUCCUUUCCUGACCAGAUUUGUGCUUUUAAUCAAGAAAUUAAAACACAUUUUGAGAUCAGUCCUAUGUUCUCGGUGUAUUAUCAUUAUUAUGAGCUAAGACUUAUAGUGAUCUAGUGAUCGCAAAUGAAAAUUUUUUCCAUAAAAUAAAAACUUCACAAAGAUUAAACGAUCAGCCGCGGCGGCAAAUUGGUUUCUAUUUUAUCACGGGAAAUUGUAUCAAUUAACAAAACACAAUCUACUCAAAAAUUAUUAAACCGUAAACAAUAUAGAGAAAUAUAUUCUUUAAAAUCAAAUAAAGCUGUGUAGUAUUUAGACAACAUGUACUGUACUUCUAUACUAUAUAUGCAUGAAAUAUAGUUUUAAUAUUGAAUUGUACAGACCGUGUUCUUUUAUCUCAAGCGUAUAAUAAUCUGUUCUUUUAUGAAGUGGAAAUCAAUGAUAAAACAUUUGGUCUUAAAUAAAUAAUUCGAAAUCAAUUAAGAAAUGUCAACUUAAAAGAGCAGAAUACUCAAUGGACAUAUGUUUUAAGAUUUGGCUAUAAUUGAGCGCUUUCAAUUGAGAAAUAUGUUUAAUAUAGGCGUUGGCGCUGCUUUGGAAGUCGUAUUUAAAGAGUUUUAAAUGAAACAAACGGGGUAGCAUUACGAUUGGAUUGCUUCUUAGACAAUUUUUAAGACUUGACGCGUUUUUGUCACAUAAUUAUUUCUUUUGUUCGCUGACAUAUCAUAUCAGCUGAAAUGUGUUAAGAUGUGUCAAUGGCGAUAAAUAUGGAAAUAAAGUAGCAUGAGAGAUAGACAUCUCUGCACGUUUUCUAUACACUAGACAAUAUUUUGUUUGAUGUAAGCUAACGUGUAUGGUUUUGUAACUUAACAAUACACGCGAGUACACAUCUCACAGUUUGUCAACGAGAUGCGUUUGCAUUGCUUGUUCACUGUUGUACAAGCGGGGCCCAACAUUGGCGUAGAGUUGUUUCAGUAAAUAGAGUAUUUAGUAGAAAAAUAUAAUAUGAUAUUCAUUUUUGAAACAAAAUUUGCUUGCCUAAAUCAGUAAAUGGUAGAUUGUGUUCUCCUUUUAUUCCUCUUUUCUUGAGUUAAUAUUUUCGGGAACUUGCGCUUGAUUCGUACGGAAAUUCGCGCAAUGGCCCAUGAGGGUUAUCUCGACAAGUUAUUUUGACCCUGUGUGCGAUUGAAAUUGACAGUUUUUUGUAUAAAUAAAAGAGAUUUAGUUUGCUUCCUAUACUACAAGUGUGAAAAUUCUUACGUCGACCAUCAUCCAAUACAGUGAACAACUGUUGAACCAAAUAAACAACUGAAAAUAUUAUUUUCUUUCAUCACAGGAAAUCUUCCAAAUGAAGAGACAGUUUUUACCGGCGAGGAAGGCGACGAGCAGUUAUGGAAACAAGAGAAACCGAAGCGUAUUCGGACGAUCUUUACACCAGAACAGUUAGAAAGAUUAGAGAAAGAAUUUGCAGAACAGCAAUAUUUAGUUGGCAUUGAACGACGUUAUCUCGCCUCCACGCUGAGGUUGACAGAAACACAAGUCAAGGUUUGGUUUCAGAACAGAAGAAUAAAGUGGAGAAAACAAAGAUUAACCAAUCACUAAGCAGUGCCGAUUUAAAUAGACCAAUAACAAGCAUUACCAUUUGCAUUGAUCAAAACGGUUGUUGUUUAGACAAACAAUCACCGAAACUACGAGCGAACAAGUUUUGUUCACUUAUGACUCGGGCACUUUGCUCUAAGUUCCUGUAAAUAUUUCACGUAUUCAGCCCUUGCACAUCACAUCACAUCACAUCACACAAUCAUGACGUAAUUGUUUGACUUCCACCAUUUUGGGUGUUCACACCGUGUCCGCACAAAUUUUCCAAAGUUUAUUUAAUUAAAAAAGCUCUUAUUUUUUGCUUUCAUUUAACUCGCUUAUAUAUACGAAUUGUUUCCAGUGGUUUCCUCUGCUUGUCUAUAGUGCCCAACAAUACUUUUGCAACCCAAAAUGGCGGAUUUCUUUACGUGACGUAAUAUUCCCGCGUGAUUGCACGACCUGAAUAGUUAUACUUGUUUCAAUAAUGUAAAUAUAUAGAAAGUCGUAUGUAAAUAGAGAACGCUUGGGAUAGUAGUUUGCACAUAUAUACAAUGUAAAAUAACGAUAUAAUAUACAUUAAAAAUAAAAAAAAACAAUGUUUGCAUUCUUCACAUACUUGAAGUCUCUCCAACUUAAUCAAUUUUAAUCCUGUUUGGCAACAGAAUCCAAACGCUACACUGUCGUAGACUAAUUGGGGACAAAUUUAAGCAGUGUAAUGAUUGACAAUGUAGGCAGUGUAAUGAUUGCCUCGUCUAUUAAGCACCCUCUGAAUGGAUGAUCA